UUUUUGAGGGGGGGGGCUAUUCUGAUUUAAAAAUUAAAUGCCUUGCUCGUCCAUCUGGAGCUCAUCUUUCCUUUGCAGCGAUCUCAGUCUCGCGAGAUGUCGUGCAGUCCCGAGAUAACGGCUGCAGAUGACGGAUAUACCAAGAUCACAAUUGACACUAAUAGAGGACUCAACUUCUCAGCAUUACUGGCACAACACUGACACGAUGGCUCACGGCGCCAAUCAUGGCAAGCUCCUCCUGCAAAGGCUGCAUCAGCAGCGGGAAAUGGACUUCCUGUGCGACGUCACCAUCAUAGUGAGAGACGUGGAAUUCCGGGCUCACCGCAACAUCCUGGCCGCCUUCAGCAAGUAUUUCUCCUCCCAGGCCGAGAAGGGCCAGGAUGUCACCACCUUGGACCCCGACAAGGUCAGCCGCUACGCUCUGGAGAAGUUGCUGGAGUUUGUCUACACGGGACAGAUGAACCUCAGCAGCACCAGACAAUCUGCUGUCCGUCGAGCCGCCAUCUUCCUGGGAAUGUCCGAUGCCCUAAAGUAUCUGGAAGAUAUUUCUCACUCGUCCGAGGUCAGCGAGCCGUCCCAGUUCGAGGUGGACAACGAGCCGGGCCUCUCUUUGCUCAGUCCCGGCUCCCCGGGCAGUCCUCAUUCCCCUGUCUCUCUGUCCAUCGUCUCGGUUACGGGCACGUGGGUGGAGGAGGGCCAGGAAAGCCAGCAAGACCAGGAAAGCCAGGAAGGUCCAGAAGGCCAGGAGAGCGAAGCUGCCGGGUUGGAUGAGGAAGGAAAAAUUCCAAGCGUUGAGCUAGCGGAGCCCAGCAACUUGGAGAGCGACGCUCCCCAACCUGCAGCCCACAGGGGGAGGGGGCGUGGCCGAGGGAAGGGGAGGGGGAGGGGCAGGGGCAGGGGCAGAGGAGGAAGAAGCCUGGUUAAGAUCGAAGAAGAAUUCCUGGAGGAUUCUGACACCAGCGUGAAGGACUUUGGGGACACGUCUGCCGACUGGAGCCCCUCGCUGGACGACCCACCCGCCAAGAGGCCCCGCUUUGGGGAGAUGUGGCGGGGACGCGGCCGGCGCCGAGGGAAAGGCCGAGCAAGGGGCAGGAGCAAAAUGGAGGGCGAGCCCGGCGAGGAUGAGGCUAACGGCGAGGAAGCGGCGGAGGACGGAGAGCAGAACCCCUCGCCCGGCGCGGACGAGAUGGCGCGGUCCUGCAUCGAGUGCAACCGGACGUUCAAAGACAUGUGCAGCCUGCGGAGACACGAGCAGAUCCACGCGGGCCUCAAGCCCUUCAUCUGCAUCUUCUGCUCCAAAACCUUCAGACAGGCCACGCAGCUCAAAACUCACCUGCGCACCCACACAGGCGAGAAGCCCUUCAGCUGCUCCGACUGCGAAAAGUGUUUCGCUCAGAAGUGUCAGCUGGUGGCCCAUCGCCGCAUGCACCACGGCGAAGAGAAGCCCUACAAGUGCGAGCGCUGCGGCUUCAAGUUCGCCACCUCGUCCAACUACAAGAUCCACGUCAGGCUGCACAGCGGCGAGAAGCCGUACGUGUGCGACGUGUGCGGCCAGGCCUUCGCUCAGUCCAGCACGCUGACCUACCACAAGCGGCGGCACACGGGCGAGAAGCCGUACCAGUGCGACCUGUGCGGCAUGUCCUUCUCCGUCUCGUCGUCGCUCAUCGCUCACGCCCGCAAGCACACGGGCGAGACGCCGUACAAGUGCACCCAGCCGCAGUGCGAGAGCCGCUUCGUCACGUCGUCCGAACUGAAGAAGCACAUGCGGCGACUUCACCCGGACGGCACCAACGGCGUGCAGUGCCUGCUGUGUGGAAAUCGCUUCGCCAGCGUGAAGAACAUGAUCAAACACCAGGAGAAGGCUCACGCCGACGAAGUGCGACAACACAAAGAGAGAGCGCGGGCAGUCGUCCUGCUGGCGUCCAGCCACCCGGUCGCCUUUGUGCAGAGCAAACUGAGCAACGACGGCAAAAGUCUAAGCGCCACCCCCGAAGCCGAGCCGCCCGAGCCGGAACCGGCCACGCCUCGGGCCGGCGGCAGCAACGACGUUGGCGUGGGCCCGUCCGUCGCCGCCGCUCUGAACGACACUCUGCGGGAGUUGAAGGUAGAGCCCGGCCACACGCCCAUCUCGCAGGCCGACCCGGUGGCCUUCGAAGCCGACCCCGUGUCCACCAUCAACUCGGAAACGCUGCACGCGCUGGUGGAGCAGCUGAGGCCGCCGCCGUCGCCGGCGCAGAGCUUGGAGCAGAUCGUCAUCAUCCGCACGGUGGACAACGCGGAACACGGCGCGCCGCCGCCGCCCCCGCAGUGAGGCGCGGCCCCUUCCUCGGCAGCCGACUUUUGAGAAAGAUCCCCGAAGGGGCGGCUUUUAUUGAUGUAGUGUGGAACGCCCUUUCAGCAUUUCUUCCAUAUCCUUGAUAUCCAAUUUAAGGUUCAUGUACGCUCUUCGACAAUUUGGCGCACUAGUAGAGCGACUCUUUCUAGUAAUGUUUUUUACAACUUCAUACUUUUGGCUUACUAACACACUAUUAAACCUAACUAGUGCUGCACUAGUAACACUGCAAGGCCCAACUAGUGUCAUGCACUAGUAGCCUCCUGGACACUACUAGUAGCACCAAGAUGCCCACUAGUCGUUUUGCCUCAUUAGUAACGUAGUUGGCCUACUAGUCGUGGCCAGAGAUGUUAUGCCGGAGUGGUUACUUAGUAAGACUAGUGUUACUAGUGGGUUACUAGAAAACCUCCGUGGAGGUUUUGUUCUAAUUAGUGUAACUAAAUGUUACUAGUAAGACACUCAUUCUAGUUCCGCACUGUAGUAAUUUUACUAGUCCGCUGAAUUGUCUUACUAGUGAGGUCAAAGGGUGUACUAGUACAUUGACCUUGAGGUGGAUAUCAAGGAUGGGGCAUAAAUGCUAAAACUGCUUCUUUUGAGCAUUUAUUCCAUAUCUCAGAUAUCCAUCUUAAGGUACUAGUACACUCUUUGUUGUCACAAGUAGGACAACAACAAGUUACUACUGAGGCAUAAGUGAGCCCACUUCCUUCUACUUUUACUUCUUUUUACUUCUAUAGCUCUUCUAUGUAAGAUCUAGUGAUUCACUAGUAGCACACAGAUGUCAACUAGUGCACAGAUUUGUCUCAUUAGUAGCACGUACUUGUCAUACUAGCAUGUGAUAGAGUAGUGGAAAAACGUUACUACUAAGACGGUCGUUCUACUUGUGCGCAGAAUUGUCUUCCUAGUGAGGCCAGAAAGUGUACUAGUACACAGCCCUUAAGCUGUGUAUUGAAAUAAUGCUCAAACGGCUUUUCGUCGUGACGCGUGUGUGCGUGGCUGCUUUCAUGUGGUGACACGCAAAUGAGAAAAUGCGAUGCUUCGAAAGCGAGGCGGCGCUCGAGCGUCGACAACGUCGACGUCGUAACCUGAAGUCGAUCCUCGUGUGGCGAUCCCGUGACGGCUAUUUUAGACAUGACGUGAUGUAGUGCUUCGUCACCUUUUGCAGACACCAAAUGUUUUUUUUUUUUUUUGUAUUUCAUUUUAAUAAACAUGUUGACGUAUGUACAGAAAUAUUCAUUAUGCUUACGACUGGAUAAAAACUUUAACAUGCAAUAAAAAUGCGAUGAAAUGAGA